UCGACCUGGACGAACUGCGGACCGUCAUGACCUCGCUCGGAUACAGCCCCACCAACAAGCAGCUAGAGGACAUGAUGGCGAAGGCAAGCAGUGGUUCUGUUUUCUUUCUUGAGUGGGCCGUGUUGUUGCUGGUGGACUUGGACGGAAACGGACUCAUCAACUUUGCCGAGUUUGUGACGAUGAUGCGCAAGUGCAAGGUCGACACAGACUUUGAUAGGCAAAUCAGGGAAGCUUUCAAGUUUUUCGACCAAGAUGGGUCAGGGGCGAUCGACACCAAGGAACUCGGGAACAUCAUGCGACAGUUGGGGGCGAAACUAACGGACUCGGAGAUCAACCUGCUGGUUCAAGAGGCGGAUGUGGACGGCGAUGGCCAGGUGGACAUCAACGAGGCAAGUGAUUUUGAGGGCCACUGCUUCUCUUUCUUUACUAAAGUUUUUACGGAGGAUUGUUGAUGAGGUUAAACUGGAUAUGGUUCGGGUGCGCCAUGCAGUAGGCGAGAGGGCAAUAUAGUCGCGCUUGGAAAUGGACCAAGCCGUAUGCACGAUGUCGUCUGGAACGAAGCAAUAUGCAUCACCUGAGACGCCUCAGACGGUGGUCGUGACCUUUGUUCCAACCCCUACCGUCGAGGUUGGCGAUGAUCCACUCGCAUCUCUCGCAUGUAUCCUGGUGGAAGGGGGUGAUUAGUACCUUGGUUGGGACUUCGCCAUUAGCAUCUCUCUUAUGUGUCAAUAGUGCACAGGGGCGAUUGACAGCGUAGUUGGAACCUCGGCAAAGCGUAUAUGGGCUGAGGGCAGUGCUCCGUGCUCACAGCUGGGCUACUACCACAACAU